UAUAUUCAGACGUAAUUCAGACGUAAUUCACCAUAUGAGUGCGGCUAAAGGAAAACCUCGUUCUUUAAACUCAGCUGUGAUCCGAAACAAAUGUGGUACAUAUGUUUCGGAUCAUGAUUGA